AAUUAAUAGAAAUAUAUUAAAAACACUCAAGAGUAAAAGACACUGAAAAGAGAAUUGGAAAUAUAUUAAAUAUAUUUAAAAAAGAAUUUCAACAAAUAAAAUAUAAACACUUGAAAAACGCACAAUACGUAUAGAGAGAGUUAUGGCAAGUUCCGGUUCAAAUAACAAUCCUACCAAUGGCAACAAUCCAAAUAAAAACAAUACCAAUGAAAGCGAACAUUCAAUUUCAGUUUACGCAAGCUUGGAUUCAGAUAUAUCUUCGCCAGCACCAUCGACGAACCAGCAACAAGUGGGCCUAAAUACGAGUAGUUCACAGGCGAAUCUGAAUUAUUUUGUGAGAAGAAAAUCAAGAAGUUUAAGCAACGCGGCUGAUAUUGACGCUGUGGAUUCAGUUCCACCAACGUCUGGCUCACAGUUUAGAAUUAGCAUAUCUAGCAGUUUUCAGCGACUUCAAGCAGCUAAAAAAAAAUAUUUUGCAAAAAAAUGCAUAAAUGAAGAAGACGCCACAAUAUCUGCUGCAGCACUUGAAGGUGCAGAUAAGCGAGUCAUAUUAAUAAAUAAACCCCAACCAAAUAAAUAUCGCAGUAAUCAUAUUUCAACUGCAAAAUAUAGUUUUAUAAGUUUUUUACCAUCGUUCCUUUUUGAACAAUUUAGACGAUACUCGAAUUGUUUUUUCCUAUUAAUUGCGUUACUACAGCAAAUUCCAGAUGUAUCACCUACGGGGCGGUAUACGACGUUAGUACCAUUAAUAUUUAUAUUAGCAGUGAGCGGUAUUAAAGAAAUUGUGGAAGAUAUUAAACGACAUCGAGCUGAUAAUGAAAUUAAUCAUAGAAGAGUGGAACGCCUGUGCGGUGGUAUCUGGUGUGCGGUGCAAUGGGAUCAAUUAUGUGUGGGAGAUAUAAUUAAAGUACCAAAUAAUUCAUUUUUUCCUUCGGACUUGGUGUUAUUAUCUUCAAGGUAUGAAUAA